AGACGCAGUUGCGUGCGUGCGUGCGUGAUCAGGGACAUUUACAGCAAUGUACCUUGAAUCAGGAAGAAUUGGCAAAGUUUCUGGGAGUUUGUGCAUUGUCUAAAGAAUCGGGAAUUUCGGCAGGACGCCGUGGUGGGUGCUUAGGAUGGAUAUCUGGUUCAUCGACAAAACUGGUUACAAACGUUGACAGACAUACAUAUAUAUUGCAUGACGUUUUUCUCGCUGAGCAAAAGGAUGCUAAAUUGUUUCCAGCUGAUUCUACUGACAGUUUUCUUACGCGUUUGACAGGUGAAAUUGCGUAAUUUCGUACCAGUGUCGGCUUCUCAUGUGGGUUUUCACGUGAUUCUUUGAGACUGUGCACCAUGGCGCAUCUUGAUGCUCUUUUCAAUCCCAAGCAGUAUUUAAGCCCUGAGCCACUCACUGAUCUCUGCUUCAAAUUAAUCUGUGACAACCUGGACAUUAUUUCUAUUGAAAAUGAGGAUUCCUAUCGUGAGCUUGGCAAGGGUCUUGCUUUCCCCAGUGAAAUAUGUGACAAGCUCAUUAAGUUCAUGCAGCGGAGCAAGACAGCAGAUGUUAGCGAUAACUUUCUCUCCAUUUUUAAAUCAGUACGGUCCACCAGACUCAAAAGAGUUAAGAUAGUGGAUGCUACACUGUCGGAUGAAUCUGUUUUAAUCAUUGCCAAACAUAAAGUUACUGAACUGGAACUCACUGACUGCAGCAACCUUACUCGAAUGUCAUUGGAGUAUAUUAAUGACCAUUCGGAGAAUCUUAAGAGUCUUACAUUGGGAGGAAGUUCUGAUGUUGUUCCUUUGAAAUUAAAAAGUGUUUCAGACAGACCUUUAUCAAUUAAUUACCAUAGAAGAGGAUAUGCCCUAAGAGCACCGAAAUUGAGUCGGCUCUCCCUGUGGCGUGUGAAGAUACCAGCAACAGAUUUUGAUCUUCUAUUGGGAGAACUGCCCAACUUGACACACCUGGACCUGACGGCAGCAUAUGACAUUGGAAAUCUGUCUUUCUACACGCUGGUCCCACAUUUGGUCUCGCUCACUUUGUACAACGUUAAAAUUAAUACAAAUCCACAAUUAUUUGUUAAAAAUGUUUCACACCUAAGAAGAUUAAGGCAUUUGGACAUCUCGCAGUCAAACCACAAAUAUGGCCAGUUUGAUAAUCCUAAUCAGGUCCUAGCGGAAUUAAUAGAGGGUCUACCUGAAUUAGUUUCCUUAGAUAUAGGGGGUACGAACUUGGCCGGAAGGGGAGUAGCAGAGCGUCCACAUGAUAAACUACUAGUUAACUGUACUCAAUUAUGCGAUAUACCAGGACUUGCAUCAAGAGUUAACAAACCGCUUCAAUUCCUGGGACUAUACGGAACAUCUCACGGUGCUUGCAGAAGAUUCGAUAUCCCAGCGAAAGUGAUCGCAGGAGAUGCGACCGAGGAGCAAAUAUUAAUUGCAGCUCGAGUGUGUAUGAAUAAUCGAAGUGAACUCCUACAGAAGGUGUUGAAUGAUCUCUAUCACAUCUUCAGAAAUGAAAGCUGCCAGCGCAUGGACCAAGCACUGUGCACUGUUUUGGAAGCUAUGGAGAAACACCCAUCCGAAAAGCAUAUACAAAUUUCAGGAAGUGCAACCCUGUUUUAUAUAGUCAAAAUGAAAGAAAAAAGUGGUCUAGUAGCUGGAAUGAAACGAAGAAUCAUUGGCACCCUUCUGACCGGAAUGACGUAUCACAGAGACGAGGAGACAAUGAUGAGGAACGGCUGCUUGGCACUAUGUCAAUUUCGCAUACCACAGGACGUGAUGUGGAACUACGAAGCGUUGGUUAAGGUCCUUCUGUAUUCUGCACGACAUGCUGAACCCGAAGGUUUUGUCCAGCGCAUUGGGAUAUAUUUACUAAACUCCUUAGCUUGUCAAGUUGACGGCCGAGAGAAGCGUCUUCUGGGAGAAUUAGGUUGUGUCGGGACAAUGCUCAAGUUAGUAGAGUACAGACUGGAGUCUGGUAUAUUUGACGACGUCCUUGAAGUCGCUUGGUCCACCAUGUGGAACAUGACUGACGAAACCGCUAUAAAUUGUCAGCGGUUCCUCGACGAACAAGGAAUGCGUCUCUUCCUAGGAUGUGUAGCAGCAUAUCCUGUCAAGGAAGAGCUACUGCGAAACAUGAUGGGACUCUUGGGUAAUGUUGCCGAAGUGAAAUACCUAAGGAUUCACUUGAUGCAACAGCAGUACGUAACAGUUUUUGUCAACUUACUGCACUCUGACAGUGAUGGAAUCGAGGUAUCGUACAAUGCAGCUGGUAUCUUGGCUCACAUGGCUUCCGAUGGCAAGCAAGCUUGGACAAUUCUGGAACCGACACGUGACGAAGUUUUGUUGUUGAUGGUUCAAGCAAUAGAACGUUGGGACCUAUCAGCAGAACGUAAUAUUAAUUAUCGAUCAUUUCUACCCUUAUUACGUCUACUGGAUGUUUAUCACACGCCACAGUGUCAAUACUGGGCUGUAUGGGCUCUGGCCAAUCUCACGAAGGUCUACCCCACUAAAUACUGUACGCUCGUCGAGAACGAAGGCGGCAUGGACAAACUGAGAAACUUAUUAUUCGAUUCAAGACCUUACGAAAGGAUCAAGAAACUGGCGCGUCAAGUGAUUCUAAAUUGUUGCCACGCACGUACCCAGUUUCCAUCAAAUUCGGAAAUCAAUUUCGACGGAUAAACAAUGUUCUUCGUUUUUUUUUCUUUAAGAACGUGAAACGGUACAGGGAAUGAUGACUAUCUAUCAAGGAGUAUAAUAAGGAAUAUGUCGACUCUUGAAAUAAUUCAUUGAAAUUCAUAUCCCAGCAUUGAUUCUACUCAUGCAUAUUUUUCUGGGAAUCUUUUUUCUCUUUCUGUCAAUUCUGUUUGACGAUUUUCCGAGAAAUGUAUUUACUUGUCAUAGUUUCUUGUGACUCGAUGGCAUCCUUUAAAUUAUUCACCAUUGCCCAGCUAUCAUUCUCUGUACUUCUCAGUAUGAGGACGCAAUUCACUGGCGCGUGGAAAUUUUCAUCGAUGUACAUAGCAGUCCUGUAUUUUAAGAGGACGAUUUAUCGAACGGUAUUAAUCGUAACACGAAUACUUAAUUUACCUGCUCUUCUUCGUCUUAAGACACUUCUUACGUAGUAACGAGCAUUAGCCUUUCGCUCUUUCUUUUUUUUCUGUUGUUGAACGGCUCUCGGGAUAUCUCCAUCUCGAUUGGCUUGCUUUGUUUACGCGCAGAACUCUAUUUGUUGACUUUCGUAAUUAUUCUUCUCCUUGCAGGACGAGAAAAAGUGAGAAAAAAGAUAUAAGCAUAUACGUAACGUAUGUAUGUCGCAGUAAUCGUUUAAUAAAUCGUGCGAUUUCGUUCUGGAGCGAAUGAAAGAUUAUGAAAGACGAAUAGAGUGAACAAGAAUGAUUGAAGUGAGAUAGAGGGAAGUAUGGUAUUAUUAUAAACCGUGUUAUAAUAGAGUACCUUAUUGUAAAUAGUAGCGCACGAAAAGGAGAGUUCACGGAGUGCUUUAGGUUUGUACGUUUUUUGUAUAUCGAUAAAAGGAUAUCCUGAUUAAAUUGAUUCUUUAAAAUGUUAAGCAGUCAUUUAAAAAAAAAAUACAAAGUGUUUUUCCGUUGGAAGGGAUCUUUAUUGACGUUACAAUAAUAGUUCGGAUCGUUCUAAAAUUAUGGUAAAGAAUCAACGAGGAGAAUUUCAUUCGAAAUGGCAAAGUGCAAAUAAAUAUUUAAGAUGGCUAUUAAUAAAAUAUACAUGUUUACCGAAUGAUCGAUGGUUAUCGAAAUUCGAUAGCUUGUAAAUAUAAAGAGAGAAACUCCUUUUAAAUACGCUCGAAAUACAGUGUAAAAUUUAGAAUA